AUGACGGAAACAAAUGUAAGCAACGUUGAUACAAUGGACGAUCAAAAUGAUGCAGCAUCACAUCGUGGAUUCAGCCAAAAAGUUCGAGGAAUUUUAUUGGAACCACAAUCAGCUACAUUCGAUAAAUUACCUAAUAUACCAAAUAAAAAUAUAAAGAAAGAUGUUCAAACAACAGCACCACAUCGUGGUUUUAAUGAAAAAGCACGCGAAAUGUUAUUAGAUCGAAAAACUCCAGGUAUUAUUGAUUAG